UAUCUAUCUCAGCUUAACAGAAUCAAAAAGUCAAGACGAAGCAAGGAUGAACAUAUUAAGGAGACAAAUCAUUUUAAAAGGCCUCUGGUAGAGCACAGAUUUUUGGAUUCAAGUGAGAUAACGGAUUUUGAAAAAGUAAAUGGAAAUGCCAGACUAGAACCUGCACCUGAUAAUGAAAGCCAUCUACGUUAUCUUGCUGAUGCUCACAGCAAGCAAAUCAAUGAUAUUUUAUCACAAAAUAAACUUUUGGAGAAACAAAGAGAUGAUAUAGUGCAGAGGUUGAAUGAAAUAUCUGCUCAGAGCCGGAAUACAGGUUAUCUUGAAAAAAUGAUAAGACAUUUGAAUGCUCAAGAACAAAAGAAUGAACAACUCCUAAGUACCAUGAAACAACAAAUAGACCUCCUGCAAGUUGAAUCAAUGAAAAGAGGAAUUAUAAGCAGACACAGUCAAUCCCCAGGCUCUCGAAAAGCAGAAAAAGGCCCACCCUCCUUUCAGCAGCAUUUUGUUCCAUUUUAUGGACGAGGAAAUUUAUCUUCUGAAAUUAAUGCAUUGCGCUUGACUUAUCUUCAAAAUGGAGGAAAUGAUCAGAUGAUCUUGGCGCAUUUGCAAGACCUUUUGACUGAAGCACAGCUCAUAGAACAAAAAGAAAAACAUGCCCAAUCAAUGCGGAAGAAAAAUAAAAAGGGACAUGGUACUAUGAAAUGGCAUUUGAAUGAAAAAUUAAUUACACUUGAAAUUGAAAAUCAGCAAUUAGAAGAUGAACUCUUCAAACUUCAACUUCAAAGACAGAAGAAUAACAGGAUUCCCAAGACAACAAAUGGAGAUUUUGCAUCCAAUUUUGAGAAGGGUCUGAAGUUCCCCAGAUUUGUGAAAGAGCCUACUACCCAAAACAUAAAGACCUUAAAUGCAGAACUGGAAGUCUUGAAGCAGGAACUGGAAAUUCAGAAAAUAAAACGUCGUCUGAAAACCGCUGCUCAUAGAGCCAAACCUCAGAUGAAUACCCGCAUUCCACUGGAAUUGAACAAACCCUACUCCCCCGAUCUUGCUAAACAGUAUUUCAACUUCAGUCAUGGCCUGGAGCCAGCACCAUAUGACCCAAUCGCUGGCUUUGUGGUAUUUUACGACUAUCUCCUUGGCCUUGAUCCAUCUUAUCGAGUAUGCAGAGUGGUAGUGAGUCUCUGCAGUGGAGGGCAGGAGAUGGGAAAUCCUUCAGCCCUCCCUCCCGUUUAUUGUGAGGCUGCUUUAUCCAAGUUCCAUGACAACAAGAGGCAGAAUAUCGCUAUUUUGGCUACGAAGCAGGCUGUUCCCAGGGUACGUCCUUCUCCGAAUAUUUCUCUAAUAAUUGAACUACAGGCAUCAGGUGGUUAUGACCCUUAUGGGCAAGAAGUCAGUCGUCUAAUACCUCGGGGGUGGGUAAAGGUAGACAUUUUUGAUUAUCAGAACAGAGUUAUCAGUGGGCAAUGGAAAGUUCCAAUCCGUACACUUCCUGUGAAACCAUCACUCACUUCCGGAGCUUUGAAUGGAGUACCUCAGCUGGAAAAUGCAGAGUUGUAUUUUCGCCUUGUUAAUGCAAAGGAUGCAGACAUACAGAGCACUUACCCCAUUGACAUCAACAACUCAGUAUUCUAUAAGUACCCUCCAAUGACCGUGUCUUAUUUCCACCCAGAGGAUGUUGUUCUUCCAUCUCCUUACUAUGGCUCCCCACAGUUUUUUCCAAACAUGCAUCCCAUCUAUGGGGACAAUGUGGAUUCCCCUCCUUCCAGGGAUAGAAUAAUGACCCACUGAAAUGAAUGAGAUCUGCAUUUAUGAACAUUUAAGCAUCUUCUGUUGAUAAUAAUUCCAUUUUGUGUUUAUAAAAAAAUAUUUCUGAUUGUAUUCAUAUUUUCAGACUGCUGUGUUAUUGCAAAAUCUAGCACGAUGUGUACGCUAAGAAUAAAAUAGAAUGGCAGCAAAAAAUAACACGAUAAAAAUAAAUGACCAAUUAAAAGAUAAAAUAAAA